CGGGCAGUACGGGCAGAGCACCACCGUUCGGGCAGCUCUUAAAGAAGCUGUUGCACACACCGCACCCGUCUGUAAAAAAGCAACACAAACAAGUGCAAGUGCCCAACACAUCACCAAAAAACAACUUUCUCGCCCCUGACCCCUCUCCGUCCGGGCAGGCCACUGAGGAGAGAGAAAUCACAGUAAGACGACGGGCAACAGUUCUUGGGAAAGGGAGUAAAAUCUUGCAUUGAGAGGAAGGGGGGAAGUUUCCGAAGAAGACUAAGAAGAAGAAGAAGAAGAAGCUCCUAGCUUGAAGAGAGCUCGAAAGGGCUGGCAGAAAAAAGGGGAAAAAUUAAAUUUUUAAUCUUUGUUCUGGUGAUGAGAUCGGAUGGUCUUGUGGAGUAUGGGGUUUUAUUUGGGGUUUUGGGUAAAUGAGUGUGCUUUUCACUGGAUCUAAGAGAGGCAUUUGCUUGCUUUGUGGUAGCGGUUGUAGUAGCUGUUGUGUAUAUAUAGACGCAUAUAAGUCUGUAUGUAUAGGUCAUGAUGAGGGGGUUUCAGAGAGAGACCUCGAUUUCACUGACAGUGCUGCUGAUCCUGGUGGUUCUUCAUCUGAGACUCAUUGUUGCUAACCUGGAAGGUGAUGCUUUGCACAGCCUAAGGACCAACUUACAAGAUCCUAACAAUGUUUUGCAGAGUUGGGACCCUACCCUUGUCAAUCCUUGCACAUGGUUCCAUGUUACUUGCAACAGUGAUAACAGUGUUAUAAGAGUUGACCUGGGAAAUGCCGCUUUGUCCGGACAAUUAGUCACUCAACUUGGCUUGCUGAAGAAUCUGCAGUACUUGGAGCUCUACAGCAAUAACAUAAGUGGGAUAAUUCCAACUGACCUUGGAAAUCUGACAAAUCUGGUUAGCUUGGAUCUCUACUCGAACAGCUUCACAGGACCUAUACCAGAUUCCUUAGGCAAGCUGUCAAAACUGCGCUUCCUCCGACUCAACAACAACAGCCUAACAGGUUCCAUACCAAUGUCACUAACUAAUGUCUCAUCCCUACAAGUCUUGGACCUAUCAAACAAUCGUCUUUCUGGCCAAGUUCCAGACAAUGGUUCUUUUUCCCUAUUCACUCCUAUUAGUUUUGCCAAUAAUUUGAAUCUUUGUGGGCCGGUUACUGGACAUCCUUGCCCCGGGUCUCCUCCAUUUUCUCCACCUCCGCCUUUUGUUUCACUACCUCCGAUUUCUUCUCCAGGUGGAAAUAGUAUAACCGGAGCUAUAGCUGGAGCAGUAGCUGCAGGUGCCGCUUUACUCUUUUCUGCCCCUGCCCUUGCUUUUGCAUGGUGGCGUCGCAGAAAGCCACCAGAUUUUUUCUUUGAUGUCCCAGCUGAAGAAGAUCCUGAAGUUCACUUGGGGCAGCUAAAGAGGUUCUCUCUCAGAGAGCUACAAGUUGCAACCGAUAGCUUUAGCAACAAGAACAUUCUAGGGAGAGGUGGGUUUGGUAAGGUGUACAAGGGGCGCCUUGCCGACGGCUCCCUGGUUGCCGUGAAGCGGUUAAAAGAGGAGCGUACCCCUGGCGGGGAGCUUCAAUUCCAAACAGAAGUUGAGAUGAUUAGCAUGGCAGUUCAUAGAAAUCUCCUUCGCUUGCGUGGCUUUUGUAUGACAGCCACUGAGCGCCUUCUUGUUUAUCCCUAUAUGGCCAAUGGAAGUGUUGCUUCAUGUUUGAGAGAACGAGCACCGGGUGAACCACCACUAGAUUGGGCAACGAGAAAACGCAUUGCUUUGGGGUCCGCGAGGGGACUGUCGUAUUUACACGACCAUUGUGAUCCGAAGAUCAUCCACCGCGACGUGAAAGCUGCAAACAUACUGUUGGACGAGGAGUUCGAGGCGGUCGUGGGAGACUUUGGGCUGGCCAAACUCAUGGAUUACAAGGACACUCACGUCACGACGGCCGUCCGCGGCACGAUCGGGCACAUCGCGCCGGAGUACUUGUCCACCGGGAAGUCUUCGGAAAAAACCGACGUGUUCGGAUAUGGCAUCAUGCUUCUGGAACUCAUCACCGGACAACGAGCCUUUGAUCUCGCCCGCCUUGCCAAUGACGACGAUGUCAUGUUGCUUGAUUGGGUGAAAGGGCUGCUGAAGGAGAGGAAGCUGGAGAUGCUGGUGGAUCCGGAUCUGGAGAAGAAGUACGUGGAGGGGGAGGUGGAGCGGCUGAUACAGGUGGCGCUGCUGUGCACGCAGAGCAGCCCAAUGGAGAGGCCGAAGAUGUCUGACGUGGUGAAGAUGUUGGAAGGGGACGGGCUGGCCGAGAGGUGGGACGAGUGGCAGAAGGUGGAAGUUCUCCGGCGCGAGGUGGAGCUGGCCCCGCCUCACUCCACCUCUGACUGGAUCGUCGACUCCACUGAGAAUUUGCAUGCGGUCGAACUGUCCGGUCCUCGGUGAACUAACCACACUAGUCACCAGGUAAAGCUAUAGCUAGCUUUGGGAAGACAAAAUGUCUUUCUUUCUUGCCUGGAACCUACCUUUUGUCAUGUUCUUGCUAUUUGUUUGUUUUUGGUGAUCAUCUCUUCUUCUUCUUGUUUUUCUUCUUCCCUGUUGUAAAAGAAUAGAGGCUAAUUAGAAGUUUGUUUUCUUGAAGAUAAUGGAAUUGGGCCUAUGGAACAAAAGCAAUGGGAGAAGAAUGAGUUAGGACCAAGCCCAAAGAUGUAUUUGAUCCACCACCCUCUUGACCCAACCAAUUAUUGAAGCAAGCAAAUAAAUAAAAGAGGAAGAAAAAGAAAGAACCGUAGAAGAGGAAGCAAACCAGCGCAGAAGAGAGCAGACUCCAAACGGAAGGCGCAAGAAACAGAGUCCUUCCCCAAAUCCAACGCAAAUUCCAAGAAUCCUACUCCAAAUUGAAGAUUCCAAACUUCACAAUUAUAAAAGGAGACAAAAGCCACAAGAAAAAUCAUCUCCUUCA